UUGAUUACUGUUUCAUUAAUUUUAACUUUUUCAAAUUAUGUAUUUAAAUUAUAAAUAAUUUAACAAAAACUAAAUACUUUGAGUGAUUUGGUGUUAUGUCAAUAUCAAUGUUGGAUGAUUAAACAAAAACGACUGCGGGAAAGUUAGAUUUUUUAGACUAAUGCGAUUGCUUAGACAUUUUGAUAUAUUAUUUAUUUAUUUUUUUUGUAGUUUAUUAUUUUUAUAUAUAACUACAUAAGUUAUAGUAUUCAUAAAUCACAAUUCACCAAAUUUGUAUUUCGUAUUUCGUAAUAGCUAAAAGCCAUUACCUACAUAUUACUCAAUACUUAGCAGGUAUAUUAUUCUGUGGUAAUAGCCAAUAAGUAUAAAUCACAACUUUAAGAAAAAAUGUCGGACUCCAACUUUUCUAAUUCAAAUUAUAAAAAUGAGAAUUGUAGUUCAACUAAUAACAUUCUUCAAUCACAAAUUGAAUGUCUGGACAACACUGCAGUUAUAACUGACAACUAUACUCUUUAUGAUGUCCUACAAAAAUUUAAAGAUCAAGUAAGGGUAAUGGCUGCAAGAGUGAGUCAGUUAGAUCAAUGUAUGAACCUUGUAAACAAUCCAGCUGAUCCAUCUACACAUCAAGAAGUACUUAAAAUUAAAAAAAACAUUAUUAAUGGCAUUACCCAUUUAUUAAAGGAGACAAAACCUUUAAAUUACCCUAAUUUCCAAUCAUUAAGUUCAGUAAAACUUUUAAAAACAUAUGAAAAGAUAUCUGCAGAAUGUAAACUACUUCUGAAUAACAUUAAACAAGAUAAUGAGAAUAUUAUUAAACGUACUGAUCGGUUCAACAAUUUAUCAAUAUUUAUGAAAGAUUUCCAACAAGAAUUAAACAAAAUUGAAGCUCAAAAUACUAUAAGUACAGAAAUGGAAACUGAAGUUGCCCGAGAAUUCAAGGAAUGCAAAUCUGAUAUGUAUACAUUGUUAUCUCAAGUAGAUCCUUCAUCUACAUUGAAAGAAAUUUUAAGUUUACUAGUGGAGUGUAAUGAUGAAGAUGAAGACGAUUGCUGGGUGGACCUUACAAAUAUGCCUCAUUUAGUCUUGCAAUGUCAUAAUCUGAAAAAGCAGGGAUUCGUUUUACAAAAUGAACAAAACAAAUUUCUUUUUAAAUUAAACAUUUAAAUAUAAAUUUUAGUUGAGUAUUUUUUUUAUU